AUGUUUACAAAUAAAAAUUUAAUAUAAAAAAAAUUUGAAAAUUAGUAAAAUUAUUGCGUACAUUUUUCUUAUAAAGCGCCUAUGUAUGUAUACUGUUCUUCGAAUUUUACAUACAUACAUAUGUAUAUAUAUAUAUAUAUGAAAAUAUAAGUUCACAACAAAAGUGAAUUAUGUUUCGAUACACGUGAGUGAUUGAAUAUAUGAAUGAAUGAAUGAAUGAAGUGAACCCAGGUCAAUACAUAAAAAAGCAAGCAAAAGAAAAGAAAAAAAAAUAAAACAUAAAUUGGACACAGCCAAAGUGAAAAUAAACACCGAAUACUUAAAAAGCUUGUUAUGUGCUCGUGAAGCUAACUCCAUACCCAAAAACAAAAAUGUUACACGCACAAGUACAAGAAAAGGGCAGAAAGAACUUUUUAUAUAUUUAUUACACAUUUAUUUUCGUAAUAAAGCUUUCAAAUCAACAAUUGUUCCAACACGAAAAACAAAACUAUUUGUAAAUUUAUCCGUGCGGGCAGAUUUUCAUACAUCAUUUACAUUUUAAUGAUAAGUUCAAGGUCGCUUAUGUUUGUUUUCAUACAAAUUACUUAACAAACUUAAAAGAAAAUUAAAAAAGAAAAAACUGCCGAGUAAUGUAAAUGCUUUCACGUUAUAAUUUAAAAUAAAUUUUUUUUCUUGUUUGCUGUUAAAAUUGUUUUAAAAGAAUGUAAAAUGGCUUUAAUAAGUUGCUGUUUCGAUUCGGGAUUUGAAUUGCCCGAACUCUUUGAUACUUUUGUACAAAAAUGCACAGAUCCCGGAUGUUGUUGCGGGUGCUGUUCGGCGCUACGUCCCCGUUACAAACGGCUGGUCGAUAAUAUUUUUCCGGUUAAUCCAGAAGAUGGUCUUGUAAAAUCGAAUAUGGAAAAACUAACAUUCUAUUCGUUAAGUUCCCCCGAUAAAUUGGACCGUAUUGGCGAGUAUUUAUAUCAAAAGGCCUCAAAAGAUAUAAAUCGUAAACGUUACAGAUUUGUGGAAAUUGCCAUGGAAGCCAUGGAUAUCUUGCUGCAAGCUUGUCAUGCCCAGACAACUUUAAAUCUAUUCGUGGAAUCAUUUUUAAGGAUGGUACAAAAAUUGCUAGAAGAUUCAAAUCCCACAUUGCAAAUAUUGGCUACCAAUUCAUUUGUCAAAUUUGCCAACAUUAACGAAGACACACCCUCCUAUCAUCGUCGCUAUGAUUUCUUCAUAUCGAAAUUCUCUUCUAUGUGCCAUGGUAACAAUGACAACACUGAGCUCCGUGACAAUAUCCGAUUAGCUGGCAUUAAAGGAUUGCAAGGUGUUAUACGUAAAACGGUAUCCGAUGAUUUGGUGGAGAAUAUUUGGGAGAAACAGCACAUGGAAAAGAUUGUACCUUCCCUGUUAUUCAAUAUGCAGUUUGAUGUUAACGUUAUGUUUGUGAAGAAAAAUAUGUCGGUGUCUGGCGACUUGACUCCAGUAGAAGAUGCCACCCAAGUUACACCACCUGCUUUGGCCGAGGAAGUUCUACGUGAAUUGGUCGGUCGCGCUUCUUUCGGCCAUAUAAGAAGUGUUUUAAAACCUUUGUUAACUCACUUGGACCGACAUGAAUUAUGGGUUCCUAAUACUUUUGCCAUUCAUACAUUUCGUAUUGUUAUGAUAUCAAUACAGCCGCAGUAUUCUUAUACAGUGGUCGAAACUCUCAUGCAACAUUUAGAUAACAAUUUCAAAUCUUCGCCGAAGACGCGCACUUCUCUAGCAGUUGUUCUAUCGAAAAUUAUAGCCAUAGCGGCCGGUGAAAGUGUCGGCCCUUCAGCCUUGGAUAUUAUAAAUAACUUGCUAACACAUUUAAAGACUAGUGUUGGCACUACCACAGAAAUAACACCCGAAGAAUCGCAAUAUCAAGAGGCUUUGAUUAAUGCUUUGGGUGAAUUUGCCAAUCAUCAUCCGGAUUAUCAAAAAAUUGAGAUAAUGUUAUUCAUAAUGAAUACCGUACCAGAUUUGACCAAGAAAAGUAAAGGUGACCAAAUGCUACAGAAUAUCUUGUUGAAAUCUCUACUGAAGGUCGGAACUCAGUAUAAUACAGUUUCGUUUGAAAAAGCAUUCCCUGCAAGUUUUUUGCAACCUCUACUGAAAAUGGCCCGAGCUCCUCAUGAUCCAACUCGUAUAAUCGUUAUGAAAAUCUUUCAAGCUUUGCUCGAUCGUCAUCAAAACGAAAAGGUUCUAAGCAUGGUCAGCGUUAAACCAUACGCGGCCUUAUCACAGGAGCCACCAUCACGUUCGGAUAUAAUUUUCACACACAAAUAUGGAGCGAAUAUCAUGCAGGCUUUAAUUGAUAGUUUGGCUUUGUCGGACAAAGUGGACUCGUUAACCUCAAGCUAUAAUACUGCAGCUUUGUUGCUAGUAGAAAUGGCUUGUGGCGAAACAGUUCAAGAGUUUCUUCUAUUUAUUUUGGGCAUACAACAAGUGGCCGUUAUCGCUGAAGAUCUUAGCGAUUUGCAUAAAUGUUGUUUGCACGCUAUAGCUAUAGCCUUGUUGACCCUGGCGGCUCGUGUUACUGGCAUCACAAAUUUGCUGGAAUAUGCGCAAAAAAUAAUCGAAGCACGAAAAGAAGAUGCUGGACAUUUUCUUCCUUCAAUAAUGGAACCGAAUAACAAGCCAAGCACUACCAAAUUCAAUCUCAAUUUGCCCCAUUUGUCUAUAGAUAAAAUAGCUUUAGCCGAAUGCUUGCAAAAUGCUGGCAUGGACUUUAAUCGCUUGCAAUCGGGCGUGCCAUAUACUCUAAAUCAAAAAGACAAUCCCAGUCAUCGUCAUUCUUGGGUCGAAUCAGUUAGCAAUCAAAUGACCCAACGCAACAGUUCAACCGAUUUAACAACAUAUAAUGGAGAUAACGAUAGCAUUAGCAGUUCGCCAGGUGUAGCCAAGGCAUUAGCACCUGAAUAUACAGUUGACGCUAUGAAACGUUAUUUGGCCGAACCGUCCGAGGCGAUGAAAAAGGAAAUGCAAGAAAAACAAAAACAAAUUGUACGCGCUUUCCGCGAAAGCAAUUUUGAAGAGCUGAUGAAGCGAACCGAACCAAAGCACGAUGUCCUACAAAAUCGUUUAAACGAUCUAUUCAGUUCAUUGGCUCUUGAUAAUAAAGCUACGCAAAAUGUCAAUAAUAAUAACAAUCAGGACAAACCCAUAUAUGAAACCUACUUUCCGGAAUUAUUUUAUUAUUAAAAUGAAACAAAAAAAUAAAUAUAAUAGUAAGAAACUUUUAAUCCUCUAAGGAUGCCUGUUAUUGCCCACUACUUAUCUCAUAAAAGAAAAUUGAUAGCUGAAAUCAGUUUAUGGCGAUUUUCCUUCUUCGAGUAAACUAAAAUGGAUGAAACUUUAAUUUCGUGCUUUGUGAGGGAAGUUCCACGUCUGUGUAUGCGAUCAUCCGGAAAUUUCGCACAAGCCUUUGGUUAUGAUGUUGAUAUAAUGCAGUUUAAUCGAUUUCUGUACCUACUCGAAACGGCACAACAUGACCGAGUUGUAUGUGUGUGUAUGUGUAUAAUUUAAUUCAAUUAUCCCUGUGAACCGACAUCUUUCAACUAGUAGCAAUAGAAUCUCCGACAGACAGAUAGCAAUAUAAAAAUCGCCACAAUCACACACACACUGUGGUAACGUCCCUUUCCCUAAAAUGCCCUCUCUAUCUACCUUUAACACCUUUCUAAUAACAUAU